AUGACUGCGGUGGUGGCUCAGGUGGAAGAGGAGCUGUUCGGCAACCCAAAGGUUGCAGGCUAUGCCACUGCAGCCACUGUGGUUGAAGCCAAGGCCGCUACUGCAGCCUCAGCUACAAGCCCCUCUGCUAUCUCAGCCACUGCAACCUCAGCUACCAGCUCCGCUUCAGCCGCAGUCUCAGCCUCCGCCUCAUACACAGGCACCGCUUCAACUGCAGCAGCAGUCUCAGCCUCCACCUUCACCUCUGCCUCAACCACCGCUUCAGCCUCAACAGCCGGUGCCUCAGUUUCAACCGCCGCCAUUGCAGCCUCAACGCCGACCACAGCAACAGUCUCAACGACAACUACACCCUCAGCUCCAACCAAGUCAACCGCCUUGGCCCCAGCUACAACCUCCUCUGUUGCCUCAGCAGUUGCAGUCACAGCUUCGAACACAGCAGCCUCAGCCUCAACUGCAGUUUCGACCACCACAGGCCCUUCAGCCUCAACCACCACCUCAGAUACAAGCGCAGCUGCAGCCUCAACUACAGCUUCAGCCACAGCAGCCCCCACAGCCCACAUCAUGGCCUCAGCUACAGCCUCUGUCUCAACUGCAGCCGCAGCCUCAGCCCACACCAAGGCCUCAGCUACAACUGCAGCCUCCACUGGCACUUCAGCCACAGUCACAGGUGCAGGCUCAAACACCCUCUUCAUCCAGCUCUCAGCAUGAUGGUCACAUGAUCAAGGUACUGGAAAACCAAAAUGAACUGACCAGACUGCUGAUGAAGCAACAACUGUCAUCCACC